UGUAUGUGUGUGUGUGUGUGUGUGUGUGUGUAGAGGAAAAGGUGUCUGAUGGGGAGGGGGUGAGGGAAGCGAGAUUCUGUCAGUUCUUGGAGGGAAUCUAAGACGGGAAGGAGAGAAUGAGAGAAAGAAAGAAAAAGGGAAAAGGAGAGGAAAAGAGGGAAGCAUGGGGGAGUUCUCCUUGAGAAGGGAGGAAGUGGGAGAGAGCGUGGAAAACCUUGGCUCUGUUUCUUGUCCAGAUUGCAAGGGGCUCACAAUGAGAUGCUUUCCGAAAACCCCGCCCCUGCAUCUCUCCCUCCCUCUGGAACUGGGGUGAAUUAAUUUGAUUUGAUGUUCAGGAGCAGCAGAGGGAUGAACUGAAAACUUUUCCCUUCCUUUCCUUCCCCUCUCCCAUUUUGUCUUCUUCCCUAGACAGAUGUGCAGUUACAGCAGCAACAGUAGCAGCAGCAGCUGCGCCUGAGACUUUCCAGCUAGCUGCUCUCUUUCUCCAUCCCAGGCUCUUGCCCAGCCUCGGCCACCAAGUGCAGGAGAAGAAAGGCUCUGCCUGGUCCAAUGGCACUGACUAGCUUCACCUUAGUUCGAAGUGAGCAAAAGCCGAACCAGGUGGACUGUCGAGAAACCACAGAGGGACUGGGAGUCACCACUACUGCAGCGUUCUCCUCCUCCUUAGAUCUGGAAUAGAUGCCCCCCCCCCACCCACACACCCCUCCCUCCUUGAGCAAUUGACUCAUCUGCCCACCAUGGGAUCGCCGUCGUCCUCAGCCCAAGCCCCUGCGAGGCUGAUGUGGAGGGCGGACCAGCACUUAGUCUGCCUCCAAGCUCCUUUCUGAACGUUCCUGCUAGCUCUUCUUUCUCACUCCCUUGGAAUGAACCCGAUGUCCCAGGAGUUUGUGGAGCUCACCGCUGCCCCGGAGCUCCUAGUGUGAAAGCUAAGAGAAGAGAAGGCAAGAGAGCAAGAAAGCGAGAGAGCAAGGGAGCAGCCACCCCACCAGCUGAGGCUCCUCACGCUUAAUUGCAGGCCAGAAUACAGAACUAUGAUAGCAACUGGUGGAGUUAUAACAGGCUUGGCCGCCUUAAAGAGGCAAGACUCUGCUCGAUCUCAGCAUCAUGUUAAUCUUAGCCCAUCGCCUGCUGAUCAAGAGAAGAAACCGGUUAGACGAAGACCUAGGGCUGAUGUUGUGGUCGUGCGGGGAAAAAUCCGACUUUAUUCUCCAUCUGGUUUUUUCCUCAUUUUAGGAGUAUUGAUCUCAAUUGUAGGAAUUGCCAUGGCAGUCCUUGGAUACUGGCCACAAAAAGAACAUUUUAUAGAUGCAGAAGCCAGGCUGUCAACCAACCAAACCCAAGUGAUCAGAAACCAAGGUGGCAUCAUGGUUCGCUUCUUUGAACAGCAUUUACACUCAGAUAAGAUGAAAAUGCUUGGCCCUUUUACAAUGGGCAUCGGGAUUUUUAUUUUUAUAUGCGCUAAUGCCAUUCUGCACGAAAACCGUGAUAAAGAAACCAAAAUCAUUCACAUGCGAGACAUCUACUCCACUGUCAUAGAUAUCCACACGCUAAGAAUCAAGGAGCAAAAGUUGAUGAAUGGUGUCUACACUGGCUUCAUGGGAGAGACGGAAGUAAAACAAAAUGGUAACUCCUGUGCCUCAAGAUUAGCAGCAAAUACAAUUGCCUCUUUCUCAGGUUUUAGGAGCAGUUUUCGAAUGGACAGCUCUGCAGAAGAGGAUGAACUUACACUCAGCGAGAGCAAGAGUGGCAGUCACCUCAUGCCCCCUUUGUUAUCUGACAGUUCUGUCUCUGUUUUUGGUCUUUAUCCACCCCAUAACAAGGCAACAGAGGACAAAAACAGUGGCAUUAAAAAAUGUGAAACUAAGUCCAUUGUAUCCUCUUCCAUCAGCGCUUUUACAUUGCCUGUGAUCAAACUUAAUAACUGCGUUAUUGAUGAACCUAGCAUAGACAACAUCACUGAAGACUCUGAGACUAUCAAACGCAGGUCUCGGAAUUUAUCCAUGGAUUCCCUGACUGUUCCUUUAACCAAUAUAAAUGAAUCCUACCAGAGAGCCAGUUUAGGGCUGCCACGGAACGAUUCUGCAGGGGAAUCUCUCUCCAACCAGUACAAAUCUUCUGUGGCUCUUGGUCCUCGAACUGGACAGCUUCUGUCCCCUGGGGCUGCUAGGAAACAGUUUGGAUCCAACACAUCCCUGCAUCUGUUGUCUUCACAUUCAAAAUCCUUAGACUUAGACCGGGGUCCCUCCACAUUAACUGUCCAGGCUGAACAACGAAAACACCCAAGUUGGCCUCGGUUGGAUCGGAGUAACAGCAAGGGGUACAUGAAAUUAGAGAACAAAGAGGACCCGAUGGACAGGUUGCUCGUACCCCAAGCCUCUAUGAAAAAAGACUUUACAAAUAAGGAGAAGCUUCUCAUGAUCUCAAGAUCUCAUAAUAAUUUGAGUUUUGAACAUGAUGAAUUUUUGAGUAAUAACCUAAAGAGGGGAACUUCAGAAACAAGGUUUUAAAUGUUAAAUACACACACACACACACACACACACACACACACACACACACACACACACACAAACACAGAAACUGCCUUCUUAGAAGGCAACCUAUUUUAAAACAAUUUUCACAAAUGUUUGUUAAAGCAAGGGGUAUAAGCCUCUUUAACCCAAAUGGUUGUGGCAUAAUAGAGUUGGCUACUUAUUUCUACCUUGGAGACAGUUUUAUGGCAUAGCGACAUACAACUGCAAUAUUGUACUUUGUCAUCACACACAGUAUUUUUUUUUUUUAUGUUUCUCUAUAAGCAUGAUCUCUUUGGUUACAGCGAGUCAGAGACCUGCAUCCAAAUAAAAAGUGUGUCUGCUUCAGGUUUCAUUUCUUCCCUUAAUUGCCACAUUCCCAAAAUGAUACUUCCAAGUCUAGAAAAGAAGGUCACUGAAGUCUGGGCUAGGAACACGAAAUCCAAGCCAAAGACUAAAUAUAUUUUUAAAUGAAUAGGCUGACUGUGUAACCCAGGAUUUUGUUUUCAGUUUAUACAUGCCUGAACUUAAGGGGGAAAAAAACAAACAAACAACAAAGCAGAUUAAGUAUCUUUUUUGUUUGUAUGUGAAUUCAUUGUAAUUGGUUGAGUUAGAUACCAAUAUUGUAGACUCUUCACUUAUCUUCAACAUUCAUGAUAUUUUAAGGUUGUAAUUCCAGAACAUCAUGUAUUGUAGUGCCACAGCUCUGAAAUUUUCAUAGCUUUACAGAGAAAAAAAAUCAAAACUUUUUCAGAUGACUAAAGAAAACAUUAGAUACUUAAAAGAAAACUGUCUAAAUUAACUAGAGUAUGAAUGACCCAAAGUUUUUCAUUCAAUUAGAUAAGCUUUAUUAAGCACCUACUCUGAGCAAUGUGCUAGAGAUGCAAAGAAAGAAACACUUUUUAAAAGCCUCUUGCUUUCAAGGACCUUUUAUUCUGUUGGAAUUCACUAAAUUAACUAGAGUAUGAAUGACCCAAAGUUUUUCAUUAGACUAGAUAAGCUUUAUUAGGAACCUACUAUGAGAAAUGUGCUAGAGAUGCAUAGAAAGAUAUUAAAAAACCCCAACAGAUUGUGCCUUCGAGGAGCUUAUAUUCUGUUAGAUGCAAGUCCACUUCAAAUAUCUAAAUCCAAAGAGUAUUUAUUAAUUUCAUGUGAAUUGAAAAAAUGAGUGCUAAACAACAUUAACUAGUAUCUGCUUCAUUCUUUCUUUACUUUAGAUUUUUACCUUUCCUUAUCCCUAACUUCUCCUGGUUCAGCCCCCCAAAUGACAAUAAUGGUUGCAAUGACAAUAGCAAUAGCUCAAUGUCAAUAACCUGAGACUUGAUCUCAAUAGUUGUAUAAAUGCCUGCAGCUGGGGAAGUAAUCAGCUAACCUCGCCAUUUCUUUGCAUCUUGGCAUUUCUCUAGUUUGAUGAUUCAAGAAAAAUUAGCUUUCACUAAACUGCCUUGAAAAAUACCUUUUUGCAAGCAAGGAUUAUGAGGACCCCCAAAGACUUUUUUUUUGCAGCUCCUGGUUUCUGUGGUUAUAAAAUUUUGUGCACAUAAAUAUUAAAAUGUAUGUGUCUUUCUAAAAGUUUUCCUGUUUUUUGUUAAGGCAACUGGUCAUUUAAAAUAGUGUUUGAUAUUCUUACUAAACCAAUGUACUCAGGAAUUCUUUUUAAUAGCUUUCCCCGCAAAUAAUCAAACAUUUCAAAGCAUCAUUGUACUGCAGUUGUUUUCAGAAGGCAGAAGGCAGAAAUAUUUAUGUUUCCAGCUCCAUCCAAUCCAUAUUGUGAUUUUUGCAUCCAGGGCAUGAUUUGCUCUAUGGAUUGAGGCCUAGAACUACUUGUUAGAACCUUGAGCCUAUAUAUUGUAAUAGAGUGGGCUAAAUAUUUUGGUAUGAAGCUUUUAAUAAACUUCUGGUUUGUGUUCUUAAUACAUUUGCUAUUUUUUUGGAAAUAAAUAGAAUGUACAACUCUG